AUCCUCUUUCAAGAUGCUUUCAAACUUGAUGUUGUUCAUUUGUUUCCUAAUUUCGUCCUCUUUUUUCACUGCCCAUUCUUAUAACAACAAAUGCCUUCGUCAUCAGGAGAUCUUGUUGCUUCAACUAAAGCAUGAGUUGAUCUUCAAUUCUUCUCUUUCGACAAAGCUGGUGCGAUGGAAUGAAAGUGAUGUGUGCUGCAAGUGGCACGGUGUGGAAUGUGAUGCUUCUGGCUAUGUCAUUAGUUUGCAGCUUGAUGAUGAGGCCAUUUUCGGCGGAAUUGGGGAUUCGUCGAGUCUCUUCAGAUUUAAAAAUCUGCAGAAGCUUAACCUUGCCGACAAUCACUUAAACUAUACUGUUCCCAUUCCAAGAGGUAUUGACAACCUUACCUAUUUGACACAUUUGAAUUUGUCAUAUGCGGGUUUUGGUGGGCAGGUUCCUUUUGAAAUUUCAUCCCUAACGAGACUAUCUAGUCUCGAUAUCUCCAACAAUCCAGUAUUUCUUGAUUAUUCUAUUUUGGAGAUGCUGGUCCUAAAUCUAACAGAGCUUAGAGAGCUCCAUCUUGAUCGUGUCAUUAUCGCUUCCUUGCAUGAAAGGAAAAGUUGGGUCAAUAUUACAUUAUCACAUUUACCCAACCUCACCUCUUUGAGCUUGGUUAGUUGUGGUCUUUAUGGCCCUUUGCCUAAUUCCUUUUGGCAACUUCGCUCCCUUUCUAUUCUUCGACUAGAUUGGAACGAUCUUUCAGCGGUAUCACUCCAUGACUUGAUCACCAAUUGUCCAAGUCUGACCACCUUGACUCUUAGUUACUGCAAAUUGAAUGGUUCUAUUCCAUCCACCUUUGCUAACCUAACAAAGCUGAUUCAUGUUGAUCUGUCAAAUAACUACUUGACAGGUUCGCUUCCUUCUACAUUCUUUGAAGGUCUUUCCAAUCUCGUUCAUCUCGAUUUGAGGUACAAUUCAUUCUUUGGUAACAUUCCCCGCUCUCUUUUUGCCCUCUCUUCAUUGUUUGAACUUGAUCUUAGAAACAACCGAUUUAGUGGCCCUUUUCAACUCGACAACUUUCAAAGCCUUCCCAAUCUCACAUUGCUCGGUCUAUCUAGCAAUAGCUUGUCAGUAGAUGUUGGAAACGUCAAUUCAAGUUCAUAUGGAUGUCGCCAAUUAAAAGAAUUAUACCUAAAUUCAUGUAACUUGUCCAGUUUUCCUGAUUUUAUCAAACAUUUGGAUCUAGAAAGACUGGAUCUCUCAAACAAUAGUAUUGCAGGGGAAACACCUAGUUGGAUUUGGGGAACACGUCUUUCGGUUUUGGAUAUCUCCUUUAAUCUUCUAACAUAUCUGCAAAAGCCAUAUUAUAUCCCUCCUUCUCUUGAAACCCUAUACUUGCACUCUAACCUUCUUAGGGAUGAGUCGCAUCUGCCAAUUCCAGUUGAAUCUCAACUCAGGUACUUGUUUCUUGCUAAUAACAGUUUAAGUGGAUCAAUUCCAACCUCCAUCUGUAAUGCCACACGACUGGUUGAACUUUACUUGUAUAGUAACAGAUUGAGUGGAUCAAUUCCAACCUGCCUCUGCAAUGCCACACAACUCAGUUAUCUUGACUUAUCUGGAAACAAAUUAAGUGGCAGCAUACCCGCUUGCCUACUUAGAAACCUCACGGAUGUCAAUUUGAGUCGUAACAACAUCAGCGGCAACAUACCCCUUUUCCCACUUGAAAAGAUUAGCUUGCUCGAUCUGAGUCAAAACAACAUCAACGGUAUCAUUCCAGAUAUUUUUCCUACGGAUUGUGAGCUAUUUUAUUUGGAUCUUAACAAUAAUACUUUACAAGGGAAGAUCCCAAAGUCCCUUGAACACUGCAAGCAGUUAUUGUACAUGAAUGUUGGGAACAACAUGAUGAACGACACUUUCCCAUGCAUACUAUCAUCGACCUUGCGUGUUCUUGUUUUGCACUCCAAUAGAUUCCAUGGGGAUUUAAGUUGUCACAAUAGUUGUCCAUAUCUCCAAAUUCUAGAUGUAUCUUCGAAUAAUUUUAGUGGAAGCCUGGAAUCAAUCAACUUCUCUAGUUGGACGACUAUGAUGUUAUCGAGUGAUGAAAAGUUCCGUAUCGACUUUCUGAGCUUUGGAAUGACACUAAUGGUGAAAGGGCAAACUAUGGAUCUUUACAGAAUUUUUGCAGACUUUAGUACCAUUGAUUUGUCUUCCAAUAGUUUCUACGGAAAGUUACCAAAUGCAAUUGGUGAUCUUACCUCACUUCGACAACUUAACUUCUCCCACAAUGCCCUUAAUGGAAGCAUCCCAAAAUCAUUUGGUAGGUUGAGUGAUCUCGAAUCACUCGACCUCUCUUUAAACCAACUAGCAGGGCAGAUCCCGGAGGAGCUUGGAGGGCUCACAUUCCUUUCGAAAUUGAAUCUCUCCUACAAUAAGUUUGUUGGAGCGAUCCCAAAAGGGCGGCAAAUUCAAACAUUCUCAGCUGAUUCAUUUGAAGGAAAUCCAGGGCUAUGUGGUUUCCCUCUCGACAUAAGCUGCAGUAAUAAUACUAAUGUAUCACUGCCAACUGGAUAUGAUGAAAAUGGGGAAGAGAAGAAGGAGAUAGAGUGGGAAUACGUGUGUGCUGCAGUUGGAUAUGUUGUGGGAGUAGGAAGCAUCGUGUGGCUGCUUCUAUUCUGUCGAAGCUUCAGAGAGAAAUACUUUGGGAAAAUAGAAGAGGUUGUUGAAGACAUGUUCAUUGCAAGAGACAUGAGAAGAAGGCGUGCAAGAAGAGCAGCGGCAAGGAAUCAGUCAUGAGACAUUAGUGUUGAAAAUUUUAUCUAUGUUUUCUAAAGACAUUGAAAUAAAUAGUGGUUUAGCUUAGCUUGUGUGGCUCCCUAUGUUUAAUUAUGAUUUAGUUAUCUUAAAGUUUAUGGGUUGUACAGUAUAAUGAAAUUAUGAUUUUAAGUUUCAA